GGGCCGGGGCUCGGGGCUGGCGGCGCACGAUGGCGCUGAGGCGGCUGCUGCUGCGCUACUACCCGCCGGGAAUUAUUCUGGAAUAUGUACAAGGUGGUGAGCCGAAGACCAGAUCUAUAGAUCUACUUGAUCUUAGCCCUGACACAGAUGUCAUAGCCUUAGUAGAAGAAAUUCAAAAAGGAGAACCUCUCAUCACAGCUUCAUGCAAGGAAUAUGUCAUAAAUUUAGUACGAAGAUUGCAGGAGAAGCUAGGGGAACCAGAAGAUCACAAGUUCUAUCUUUUUAAGGUCCUUAGGGCACAUAUAUUGCCACUGACUAAUGUAGCAUUCAAUAAAUCUGGUUCUCGCUUUAUCACUGGAAGCUAUGAUAGAACCUGCAAAGUAUGGGAUACUGCAUCAGGAGAAGAGCUACGUACACUGGAGGGACACAGAAAUGUUGUUUACGCAAUAGCUUUCAAUAACCCUUAUGGUGACAAGAUUGCCACUGGAUCAUUUGACAAGACCUGCAAACUGUGGAGUACAGAAACAGGAAAAUGUUAUCAUACUUUCAGAGGACAUACUGCAGAAAUUGUAUGUUUAUCAUUUAAUCUUCAAAGCACAUUGGUGGCAACUGGAAGCAUGGAUACCACUGCCAAGUUAUGGGAUAUAGAGAAAGGAGAAGAAGUAGUUACUUUAAGUGGGCACUCAGCAGAAAUUAUUGCAUUGUCUUUUAACACCACCGGAGAUAGGAUUAUCACUGGCUCCUUUGACCACACAGUAGCAGUGUGGGAAGUUGUCACUGGCAGGAUGUUACAUACUUUAAUAGGCCACCGAGGAGAGAUUAGCAGUGCACAGUUCAACUGGGACUGUUCUCUCAUUGUCACUGGAUCAAUGGACAAAACAUGCAUGCUGUGGAAUGCUAUGACUGGGGCACAUAUAGCAACUUUAACAGGUCACAGUGAUGAGAUACUGGAUGUCUGCUUUGAUUAUGCUGGCCAGCGUAUCGCAACGGCCUCUGCUGAUGGAUCAGGAAGAGUCUAUAAUGCAGAAACAAGAAAGUGCAUUGCAAAACUAGAAGGGCACGGAGGUGAGAUUUCGAAGAUAUGUUUCAACCCUAAAGGCAAUCGUAUACUAACAGCCAGCUCCGAUAAAACAGCUCGACUCUGGGAUGCUGCUACUGGACACUGCCUUCAGAUAUUAGAGGGUCACAGUGAUGAGAUAUUCUCCUGUGCUUUCAAUUACAAAGGCAAUAUAAUCAUUACAGGGAGCAAGGAUAACACCUGUAGAAUAUGGCACUGACUGAAGACAAGGAAGGAUCCAGUAUGGUAUGUGCCUGCGUCAUGAGUUUUGUAGUCAAUAAACUCAGUCUUUCAGAUCUUUUUUCUAUUAACCCAUUUGUUGUUUCAGCGUUGCUGAAGUAACCAAGUUACCUAGAUUUUGAUAGGUUUGACUUACUGAUGUCUAGUAGAUGGAGAAUCACAGAGUAGCAGAAGUGACCUCUGGAGAUUGUCUAGUACAAUAUCCCUGCUCAGAGCAUGUCAGCUCAGCAGGCUGCCCAGGGCCCAGUCAAGUGGGUUAUGAGUAUCUUCAAGGAUGGAGACUCCACAGUUUUUCUAGGCAGUCUGCUCCAGUGUUUGAUCACCCUCAGGUUGAAGUGGAAUGCUUUUUUGUAUUUCAAUUUGUGCUUGUUGCCUCUUCAUUCAAUACUACUGAAAAGAGUCUGGCUCUGUCAUCUCUGUUACCCAAGAGAAAUCAUGACUAGCAUGAACGAACCUGGGAUGCCCCCAUUUCUUUGUGUCUUUGUUUCGUGGUAGCUCUCUUAAUUAAAAAAAAUAAUAAAAACAAAAAAUACAGCAUUAGUAUACUCUCAAGAGUGAAAGGUGUGUUGUUAUGCACCUGCUUUGAGUACUUUUGUAUUUUUUUUGUUGUGUAAUAAUAAAGUAUUGAGUUCAAACAUCAGUUUUGUUAUUUGUAAUAAAAUG